AUGCUCCGUGCAGUUCUUCUCUUCUUGGCCUUCUCGGCUGUCUCCGCGUAUCAAUGCAAUGGAACGACUACAAUCGAAACACCUUCCGAUCUAUCCCAACCGACCUUCUAUCCGCUCGGGUGGAAUGAGAAUCAGCCGGUCCCGCAGAUUGAUCCAGAUCAAGCAUGUGCGCUCUACGUGAACAUUACUCAGGGCGUCUAUGCCACUGUCACAUUCUACAGACAGUUCGGAAGAACUGGUGGAAUGUAUGUGCUGUAUUCGAACAAUAAAAUUGAACUGUAAGUUGGAAAUAUUGCACUUUACAUCUGUUUUUCUACAUUUCCAGGCUGGAAGACAACGAUCCGAAUCCGUUCAUCUUCGUCGCUCCGAAUUUCAAGCUGAACUUCGGAUCUUACAAAGAAUUGGGUUACAACUCGAACGGUUUCGCCUUCAAGAUCGUCUGGGCUCAGUAUCCGGCCAUCAAGCAGAACGUUGUGAACAUCUACAAGGGAGCCGCUCCCGUGGCCGUCUCCGCCAACAACGCCCUGACUUCUUUCAUCGGAGCCACCAACUCUCUGAUCUCCCUCGUCGCAUUCUCUCUUGCCGAUCCUUCCACAAACGCCCUCCUCCGACAAUCCGCCGUUUACGCCGGCGAUUCUGUUAAUGGAGAAUUCGUCGGAACUCUCGGACAAGUCGUUUCCUCGCAGACGAAACUGACGACCUACAAGAACAAAAUGUCUGUGUACACUUUCGGACUGAGUCAGACAAUCGACUCGCCACUUUUCAUGGCUCAAGACUGGAACGACGGGAAGGGACCGUGGAUUUACAAAGGGGCCAAUUGUCCGUCGGCGGGAAGGUGCAAUGUGACGCUCAAUGGAAAUGCGGACAAAGCGAUGACGGUGACUGACUUUGACGGCGUCGAGACGAUCCAGGAUUUCAAUGCGUUCCCUCCACAGACUGUGAUCAAUGUGUACGAGAAUAACUACUCGAACACCACUUGCAUCGCUACCUUGACGUAAGGAAGACUUGAAUACUUUGAAUACUUUGAAAAGCUCAAUCCUAAUGUCUUUCAGUUCCGUCGCUUUCCGCCAACAACUUCCGAUUCGAGUGAAAGGAACUCUGAAGUACUACGAGAUGAUCGGAAUGGGCCACUGUGAGAUGGUCGUUACUCGGGAGACUUCCAGAGCUUCGCGACUUUGA